AUGUGGGCCAUCUUGAUCGUAUCAGGUAUAUACAUCUUGGCCUUUGCCUUUGGGACGGGCGGCAACUUGUGGGUCAUGGUGUCUAUGGUCAGGAGUCGGUGAGUUCAGGUUUCAGUGUGAUACAUGGUUGAGAUCUAAACAUAACAUAUCUUUUUACUAUGCUUUUAAGUUUAAAAAAGUAAAUUUUUUAUUUUUAUAAUUCGUAUUUGGACGUGUAAGAUGGUGCUGUAGUCGUGCCUUCGUAUAUUUUCAUUAUUUACCGUUAUUUUUUUAAUCAAAUUGCACGGUGCAGUAAAAGCUUCUGCAUCUGACAAUUAUAAUAUUGUUAAAAACAAAAAUAUGAAAAACCGGAAGUCGUACUGUCAAAUCUUUUUACAGCACAGUAAUUAAAAGAAAGAGUUUUUACUGUAAAGUAAAUAGAAGUGUAAAAGAUAAUAAUAACUUUGACCAAAGGUAGUUUUAAAGUACAUAUAAUCAGUUAUUUUAAUGAAAGUUUGUCAGAGUAUACUUAUGAUAAUAUUACUGUUUGCAGAGUAUGUCACUUGCCAUCACAACGACCGUGCUCACCUCGAGAACGUUCCCGAGUGUUCAUCUUCUUUCUGGCUGUCGCCGACUUUGUUGUUCUACUGACUAUUCCCUUCUCCAUGGCUCAGAUAUACCAAGUUCAAUGGCCAUUUGGCUCCAUAGUAAGUGUUUGUUUACUGCGUGCUAAACCUACUUCUUGAGGGUUUUUCAUAAUUUUAUAUAUACCAAGAUAUAAUAUUUAAAAACUUAUAGUAAGUACAUAUGGCUUAUAAUAUCAUUGUAAUGCAUUACAAUGGUAUCAAGGUAGUCGAAUGUUACAGUAAUCAUGACUCUAACCACUAUGAUAACACCUUACUUAUAGCUAUGUCGACUCCAUGCUGCCAUUGACUACAGUGGCAAGUUCUUUUCUGUAGUGAUACUGACUGCGAUGAGUAUCGAGAGGUAUCUUAUAGUAUGUACGAGGUGGAGGUACGUCACCUCUCCUAAAGUUAUCAUGACAGUACCAUUGAUCAUGGGCGUGGUAUUCUGCGUGGUAGUACCGAUCAUACCACAGAUAAUGUACACGAACUUGAUCGAGUACCAAGACGAGUACAACGACGUGCAUGAGAUAUGUCUACAGUCGAUGCCAUACCAAAUAGAGCCUAUGUAUACAACGUAUACGUUUGCUGUGGGGUUUGCAGUACCAUUGUGUGUUAUGGCAGUAUGUUACGUACAGUUGGUGCAACAUGUUCGGAGGAAGUUCAAGGAACGGAAGCAAAGUCGCAGUAAGUUUACAGUAUUUUACAUUGUUAUAUUAAUCUGUAUUGUUGUACUGUGCACGUAUACCACAGAUUACAUUAUGUAGACUGUCUCACAGUAACAUGGGAAUAAUAUUUUACUGUGUGGGGGAGGGGGGAUCGUAUGUUAAAUCUCCACCCCCCCCUUCUGACUUUUGUAAUUAUAAAUAUAUAAUUACUAUAGUAACUGCAAAUGUACUAUUAUGUUAACUUCGACAACAUAAUAAUACUCUACAUAUGUUAUCAAAUAACUGUACAUGUACUAUACAUAAUAUAUUGUAAAUAAAUUAAUUCGUGGUACUUUAGCUAGUGCACAACGACCAAAGUACAUGUGUGAGCUUACCAGGUCGAUCUGUCGUAUCGCGGUGUUCCACUUCAGUUGUUGGGCUCCAUUUUGGUUCUACAACAUGGCACCCAUCGUAUCUGACGCCUUCGAGCUGCAUCUUGAUCUGAUGAACGAUUGGUUUGUGGUGGGGAGGUUGUUCGCCAACAUGUUACCUUACAUCAACUCAGCAGGUAAGCCUAGUUCAACUUAAAGCUGGUGGUGUAUAUACAUAGCAUUUCGAAUUCUUGCCGUUUUGACCUUAACUUAUGUUAGUGAUCACAAUAGUAUCUGUGCUAUUUACAGGUAACUGUAUAUUGUACGCCUUCUUGAAUCGUGACAUUCGGAAACACAUCAUCUGGAGACCCUCCAACAACUCUGCUCGUACUAUAAUAGCACUACCGAGUGAAACUGUCACGUUCAACCCAUCUCCCACUGCCUAA